AUGGCCUUAGCUGUCGUUACCUCGGCCAGGAAAUUGCGACCCUACUUUCAGUCGCACACGAUCGAAGUGCUCUCCAACCAACCGCUCCGAACGGUUAUGCAGAAUACCAACCAGUCAGGACGAUUGACUAAAUGGGCGAUGGAGCUGAGCGAACACGACAUCGUGUACAGGAAUCGCACAGCAGCAAAGUCACAGGUUCUUGCAGACUUCCUGAUCGAAUUAACACCAGAGUUGGAGCAAGACCUCAUCCUACCAAGUUUGAACUGGAUCCUCCACGUUGACGGUUCAUCCACGAGUAAAGGGUCGGGGGCAGGAGUGCAACUGCAAUCACCAACAGGAGAACUCAUCCGGCAGUCAUUCGGUUUUGGUUUUGCGGCGUCAAACAACGAGGCUGAGUCGAGUCUCUCAUCGCAGGGCUCCGUCUCGCCAAGGCACCAGUACCUCGGCGACUACGACGUCCGUAACGAAAGGAUGGACGCCUACCUAAAACUCGUCCAAGACCUCACGCGAGACUUCGAGUUUUUCGAACUCACGAAGGUUCCUCGCGGAGAAAAUGUCUGUGCCGACGCCCUCGCUGCUCUAGGAAGCAAGCUACACGAUCAAGUCAAGAGGACAAUCCCAAUCCAUAAAAUCGAGAAACCAAGCAUCGACACUAGGGCGGAACAGACCGCAAUCGCAGCAGCGAUUAGCGAAGCAAUGGACAUCGACGAAGCAGAACCUCCUUCGCAAGACGAUCAGCCAACAGAUUGGCGCAAGGAACUCAUCAAUUACCUCACUGAAGGUUCAUUGCCCACCGAGAAGUGGGACGCGCGGCGACUGAAGCGACGUAGUGUACACUACGUUGUCAUGGACGGGGAACUACACCGAUGGACCGCGACGAAGGUGCUACUCAAAUGUAUCUCCGGCGAAGAAACGAGAUUAGUCAUGGCCGAAACACAUGAAGGAGCAGCAGGCAAUCACUCGGGGGGACGAGCUCUUGCAUUAAAAGUGAAGAAUCUGGGAUUCUACUGGCCAACCAUGAACGCCGACUGCGAAAAAUACGUGCGCAAGUGCGACAAAUGCCAGCGUCAUGCUCCCACCUUACACAGCCCAACGCAGUUCCUUCAUACCCUGACUGCUCCAUACCCAUUCAUGCGAUGGGGAAUGGACAUCAUCGGUCCAAUGCCGGCAUCUCGCCAAAAGAAGUUCAUCCUGGUUCUCACAGACUACUUCACCAAGUGGGUCGAAGCCGAAGCCUAUGCCAACAUCACCGACAAGGAGGUGCAAAAUUUCGUCUGGAAGAACAUAAUCUGCCGACACGGGCUCCCAUACGAGAUCAUAACAGACAACGGUUCGUAA